CGUACCGAAGUAACCUUGAUCACACCACCAAUGUGAUGUCGCUCACAAGCUGGGGGGCGGAGAGGUGUCUCCCGGAGACUGGGCAAUACCAAUGAACCUGUUUAAAGACGUCUGAAAAAAAGCAUCCUUUUCCCAGGGCCUUUAUUCAUUCAUUCCACAGUAAUUUACCGCCGCAGAAGCUGAGCUGUAAUCUUCAGUCACUCAAGGAGACAUGGAGGAACCCCCACCUCAUUCAAAGCUGCUUGACCUAAAUCAACACUCUCGUUUCGUUAUUGGCUCAGUGUCGGAAGACAAUUCGGAAGAUGAAUUUAGUUCUCUGGUUAAAUUAGACCUUGAAGGAAUAGAGAGAUCUUCAUCACCAGCGUCCGUAUGUUCAGAUACUCUCUCUGACAUGGGGAUAUCAAGCUGCCAAGAGAGUCUACAAAUGAGACCUAGCAUGUCUGGUUUACACCUUGUGAAGCAAGGUCGGGAUCGGAAAAAAAUAGAUUUGCAAAGAGAUUUCACAGUUGCCUCACCAGCUGAAUUUGUCACCCGUUUUGGAGGAAAUAAAGUUAUUGAGAAGGUGCUUAUUGCCAAUAAUGGAAUUGCAGCUGUGAAAUGCAUGAGGUCAAUCCGAAGAUGGUCAUAUGAGAUGUUCCGAAAUGAGAGAGCCAUCCGUUUUGUUGUAAUGGUAACUCCAGAGGACUUGAAAGCAAAUGCAGAAUAUAUCAAGAUGGCGGAUCAUUAUGUCCCUGUUCCUGGAGGUCCAAAUAACAACAACUAUGCCAAUGUAGAGCUCAUCCUUGACAUUGCUAAGAGAAUCCCUGUUCAGGCUGUAUGGGCCGGAUGGGGUCAUGCGUCAGAGAAUCCAAAACUCCCUGAACUUCUCCACAAAAAUGGAAUUGCAUUCAUGGGUCCACCUAGUCAAGCAAUGUGGGCUUUGGGCGACAAAAUUGCAUCUUCCAUUGUGGCCCAAACAGCUGGAAUACCAACCCUUCCAUGGAGUGGCAGGGGUCUGACCGUAGACUGGCAGGAAAGUGAUCUGAACAAACGAAUCCUCACUGUUCCUCAGGAAGUGUAUGAAAAGGGAUAUGUAAAAGAUGUAGAUGAUGGUUUAAAGGCAGCAGAGGUUGUAGGAUACCCUGUAAUGAUAAAGGCAUCAGAGGGAGGCGGAGGAAAAGGAAUCCGAAAAGUGAACAACGCAGAAGAUUUUCCGAACCUCUUCCGCCAAGUCCAAGCAGAAGUUCCUGGCUCUCCAAUUUUUGUUAUGAGAUUAGCCAAACAAUCGCGUCAUUUGGAAGUGCAGAUUCUCGCCGAUCAGUAUGGCAACGCCAUAUCUCUCUUUGGGCGUGACUGCUCCGUGCAGAGACGUCACCAGAAAAUCAUUGAAGAAGCUCCUACAUCGAUAGCUACAGCCUCAGUGUUUGAGCAGAUGGAACAGUGUGCUGUGAAGCUUGCCAAGAUGGUGGGAUAUGUGAGUGCUGGGACGGUAGAAUAUCUCUACAGUCAAGAUGGUAGCUUUUACUUCCUGGAGUUAAACCCCCGUCUUCAGGUGGAACACCCAUGCACUGAGAUGAUUGCUGAUGUGAAUCUGCCGGCUGCACAACUCCAGAUUGCUAUGGGAAUCCCACUACACAGAAUCAAAGACAUCCGAAUGUUGUAUGGAGUGCCAGCCUGGGGAGACACACUCAUUGACUUUGACAACUCCUUAAACGCACCUUGCCCCAGGGGACACGUCAUUGCUGCCCGUAUUACAAGCGAGAACCCUGAUGAGGGGUUUAAACCAAGCUCAGGAACUGUACAAGAACUGAAUUUCCGCAGUAACAAGAAUGUGUGGGGCUACUUCAGUGUCGCUGCAGCUGGGGGCCUUCAUGAAUUUGCAGAUUCUCAGUUUGGACAUUGUUUCUCCUGGGGAGAAAAUAGAGAGGAAGCUAUCUCCAACCUGGUAGUAGCUUUGAAGGAGUUGUCCAUUCGGGGAGAUUUCCGAACUACAGUGGAGUAUCUGAUAAAACUUUUGGAGACAGAAAGUUUUCAGCAGAAUCGUAUUGACACAGGCUGGCUGGAUAGACUCAUUUCAGAAAAAGUGCAGGCUGAGCGUCCAGACACCAUGCUUGGUGUCGUUUGUGGGGCUCUGCAUGUAGCAGAUGUUGGCCUUCGGAAUAGUGUAUCAAAUUUCCUGCACUCUCUGGAAAGGGGUCAAGUGUUGCCGGCACAUACACUACUUAACACUGUGGAUGUGGAACUUAUUUACGAGGGGAAGAAAUAUGUUGUUAAGGUGACACGUCAGUCUCCAAAUUCCUACGUGGUCAUAAUGAAUGACUCCUGUGUAGAAGUGGACGUGCACAGACUGAGCGACGGAGGUCUCCUUCUAUCCUAUGAUGGCAGCAGCUAUACAACGUAUAUGAAGGAGGAAGUUGAUAGGUAUCGUAUCACGAUUGGAAACAAAACCUGUGUGUUCGAGAAGGAGAAUGAUCCCUCCAUUCUGCGCUCUCCAUCAGCUGGCAAGCUCAUCCAGUACGUGGUGGAGGAUGGUGGCCACGUGUUUGCAGGACAAUGCUUUGCCGAGAUAGAGGUGAUGAAGAUGGUGAUGACACUGACAGCUGGGGAGUCAGGAUGUAUACACUACGUGAAACGCGCUGGGGCUGUGUUGGAGCCUGGAUGUGUUAUAGCUAAACUUCAGCUUGACGAUCCCAGUCGGGUGCAACAGGCUGAUCUCCACACGGGACCCCUGCCUCUGAUUCAUUGCACUUCUCUUCGAGGGGAGAAACUCCAUCGUGUAUUUCAUUAUGUGUUGGAUAACUUAGUGAAUGUCAUGAACGGAUACUGUCUUCCUGAGCCUUACUUCAGCAACAAGUUAAAAGACUGUGUGGAGAGGCUGAUGAAGACACUUCGAGACCCAUCUCUUCCAUUGCUGGAGCUGCAGGACAUCAUGACGAGUGUGUCAGGACGCAUUCCCCCAAACGUGGAGAAGUCCAUUAAGAAAGAAAUGGCUCAGUACGCCAGCAACAUUACAUCAGUGUUGUGCCAGUUUCCUAGUCAGCAGAUUGCAAACAUCUUAGACAGUCAUGCGGCUACACUGAACCGAAAAUCUGAACGGGAGGUUUUCUUCAUGAACACACAAAGCAUUGUGCAGCUGGUGCAAAGGUAUCGUAGCGGUAUUAGAGGUCACAUGAAAGCUGUUGUCAUGGAUUUGCUUCGCCAAUAUCUGAAGGUCGAGACACAAUUCCAGCAUGGUCAUUAUGACAAGUGUGUCUUUGCUCUCCGAGAAGAGAAUAAAAGUGACCUUUCAAUGGUUCUGAAUUACAUCUUCUCCCACGCUCAGGUCACUAAGAAGAAUCUCCUUGUGACUAUGCUGAUUGAUCAGCUGUGUGGCAGAGACCCAACGUUAACAGACGAGUUGCUGAACAUCCUUAUAGAGCUUACCCAACUAAGUAAAACAACCAAUGCCAAGGUGGCACUGCGGGCCCGACAGGUUCUAAUUGCGUCACAUUUGCCAUCUUAUGAGCUCCGUCAUAACCAGGUGGAGUCUAUUUUCUUAUCUGCUAUCGACAUGUACGGACACCAGUUUUGCAUUGAGAAUUUGCAGAAACUCAUCCUGUCUGAAACUUCCAUUUUUGAUGUCUUGCCCAACUUCUUUUACCAUAGCAACCAGGUGGUGAGGAUGGCUGCCCUUGAGGUAUAUGUUCGCAGAGCAUAUAUUGCUUAUGAACUUAAUAGCGUGCAGCAUCGUCAACUGAAGGAUAAUACUUGUGUAGUUGAGUUCCAGUUUAUGCUGCCAACCUCUCAUCCAAACAGAGGGAACAUCCCAACGCUUAACAGAAUGUCAUUUUCAUCCAAUCUUAACCACUAUGGGAUGGUCCACGUUGCCAGUGUUAGUGAUGUCCUUUUUGACACAUCCUUUACGCCACCUUGUCAAAGGAUGGGCGGUAUGGUUGCAUUCCGGACCUUCAAUGAUUUUGUCAGGCUAUUUGAUGACAUCAUGAGCUGCUUCUCAGAUUCUCCACCUCAAAGUCCUAUCUUUCCUGAAGCUGGUCACCCGUUGUAUGAUGAAGAUGAUAAUAAGGGGGUUCCGUUUGAACCCUUACAUUCCGUUGCAAUUUCUUCUGCUAGAAGAGUUUCAGAUGAGGCCUUGGUAUGGUUAUGGAAUAUUUUUUGCCAAUCAAAAAAAAUGGUGUUAAUGGAUCAUGGUAUUCGACGGCUGACAUUCUUGGUAGCACAAAAGAGGGAAUUUCCAAAGUUUUUCACUUUCCGCGCACGAAACAAGUUUGAGGAAGACCGGAUCUACAGACAUUUGGAGCCUGCGCUGGCUUUCCAGUUAGAGCUGAAUCGUAUGCGCAAUUUUGACUUGACAGCAAUCCCUUGUUCUAACCACAAAAUGCACCUGUAUUUGGGCGCUGCCAAGGUGGAAGUGGGCACCGAAGUGACAGACUAUCGAUUCUUUGUGCGUGCCAUUAUACGUCACUCUGAUUUAGUUACCAAGGAAGCUUCAUUUGAGUAUCUCCAGAACGAGGGAGAACGUCUGCUACUGGAAGCCAUGGAUGAGUUAGAGGUGGCGUUUAGUAACACUAAUGUGCGCACUGACUGCAACCACAUCUUCCUAAACUUUGUGCCUACAGUUAUCAUGGAUCCUUCUAAGAUUGAAGAGUCUGUCCGUAGCAUGGUGAUGCGCUAUGGUAGCCGCCUCUGGAAGCUACGCGUUCUGCAAGCUGAAUUGAAGAUAAAUAUCCGCUUAACACCAACAGGCAAGCAAAUCCCCAUACGUCUCUUUCUGACCAAUGAAUCUGGCUACUAUUUGGACAUCAGCCUCUACAAAGAAGUGACAGAUUCCAGAACUGGACAGAUCAUGUUCCAAGCAUAUGGGGACAAACAAGGGCCACUUCAUGGGAUGCUUAUUAACACUCCGUAUGUGACAAAAGACCUGCUGCAAUCCAAACGUUUCCAAGCACAAUCCUUAGGGACCACAUAUGUGUAUGAUAUUCCUGAAAUGUUUCGUCAGGCUCUCAUCAAACUUUGGGAAUCAAUGGAUAACAAUGCAUUUCUUCCAAAAAGCCCAUUGCCUUCUGAUGUCCUCACCUACACUGAGCUGGUAUUGGAUGACCAGGGUCAGCUGGUGCAUAUGAACAGACUCCCUGGAGGAAAUGAGAUUGGUAUGGUAGCUUGGAAAAUGACUCUCAAAAGCCCUGAAUAUCCAGAUGGACGGGAUAUCAUUGUUAUAGGAAAUGACAUCACAUAUAGAAUUGGUUCUUUUGGUCCCCAAGAAGACCUGCUUUAUUUAAGAGCUUCAGAACUUUCUCGAUCUCAGGGGAUCCCUCGCAUCUAUGUUGCAGCAAACAGUGGAGCACGGAUAGGAUUAGCUGAAGAAAUCCGUCAUAUGUUCCAUGUCGCUUGGGAAGACCCUGUUGACCCUUAUAAAGGAUAUAAAUAUUUAUAUCUGACACCUCAAGAUUACAAGAAAGUCAGCGCUCUUAAUUCUGUGCACUGUGAACAUGUGGAAGAUGAAGGCGAGUCUAGAUAUAAGAUAACCGACAUCAUUGGUAAAGAAGAGGGUCUUGGUGUGGAAAACCUGAGGGGAUCAGGAAUGAUUGCUGGGGAGUCAUCAUUAGCCUAUGAAGAAAUCAUCACCAUAAAUCUGGUAACUUGUAGAGCUAUUGGCAUUGGAGCAUACUUGGUCAGAUUAGGUCAACGAACAAUCCAGGUGGAAAACUCACAUAUUAUCUUGACAGGAGCAGGGGCACUCAACAAAGUCCUUGGUAGAGAAGUCUACACAUCCAACAACCAGCUGGGAGGCAUACAGAUCAUGCACAACAAUGGAGUCACUCACACCACAGUGUAUGAUGACUUUGAAGGAGUCUUCACAAUUCUGCUGUGGCUUUCAUAUAUGCCAAAGUGCGUAUCCAGCCCUGUACCAAUUCUUACACCAAAAGAUCCUAUUGACAGGGCUAUCGAAUUUACUCCCACCAAAACUCCUUAUGACCCUCGAUGGAUGCUGGCAGGUCGUCCUCACCCUGCUCAAAAGGGGCAGUGGCAGUGUGGCUUCUUUGACUUUGGGUCAUUUUUGGAGAUAAUGCAGCCCUGGGCACAGACCGUUGUGGUUGGAAGAGCAAGACUGGGAGGAAUACCUGUAGGAGUGGUUGCCGUAGAAACAAGGACUGUAGAAUUGAGUAUACCUGCUGAUCCUGCAAACUUGGAUUCUGAAGCUAAGAUAAUUCAACAAGCCGGUCAGGUGUGGUUCCCAGAUUCUGCAUUUAAGACCGCACAAGCAAUUAAGGACUUCAAUAGGGAAGGACUUCCACUUAUGGUGUUUGCCAACUGGAGAGGUUUUUCUGGAGGAAUGAAAGAUAUGUACGAUCAAGUCUUGAAGUUUGGUGCCUACAUCGUGGAUGGUUUACGGGAAUACCGGCAGCCUGUACUUGUUUAUAUUCCACCUCAAGCUGAGCUUAGAGGAGGAUCGUGGGUAGUAAUUGAUCCUACAAUAAAUCCUCGACACAUGGAGAUGUAUGCUGACAAGGAGAGCAGAGGUGGUGUCUUAGAGGCAGAAGGAACUGUAGAAAUCAAGUUCAGGAGAAAGGAUCUGGUAAAGACCAUGCGUCGGGUAGAUCCAGUGUACAUGCUUUUAGCCGAAAAAUUAGGCACUCCAGAACUCAGUGUUAUUGAUCGGAAAGAACUGGAGACAAAGUUGAAAGAGAGAGAGGAGUUUCUUAUUCCCAUUUACCAUCAAGUAGCAGUGCAGUUUGCAGACUUGCAUGACACACCUGGGCGAAUGCAGGAAAAAGGAGUAAUCACCGAUAUUCUGGAGUGGAAAACAUCUAGAACCUUCUUUUACUGGAGAUUACGAAGGCUACUGCUAGAAGAUGUCGCCAAACAGAAGAUUCAAAACGCAAACCCUGAGUUGACAGAUGGCCAGAUACAAGCUAUGCUUAGACGCUGGUUUGUAGAAGUGGAAGGAACAGUGAAGGCAUAUUUGUGGGAUAACAAUAAGGAUGUUGUUGAGUGGCUGGAGAAACAGAUGACCGAGGAAGAUGGGGUUCGCUCUGUGGUGGAUGAAAACAUCAAGUAUAUCUCUAGAGACUAUAUUCUCAAGCAAAUACGCAGCUUAGUGCAAGAGAAUCCUGAAGUUGCAAUGGAUUCAAUAGUCCACAUGACACAACACAUUUCACCCACACAGAGAGCUGAAAUAGUGCGGAUUCUAUCCACCAUGGAUUCUCCAACUUCGGCAUAGAACUCUUGUCAUGAAGACCAUCAGAGAAUUGUUACUGUUGUCCUUCAAAUACUGUACUGUAUGGGGAGGAAAAAUUACAGAAAAACUGACCAAGUGCCGAAAGAGCUCAGGGCCCAGCAACAACCAGUAUGCUGGGAAUAGUGUAUAUAUAAUAUGUUAGUGAAGAAUAAUUUAUAAAAUUGUACUGUAGUGCUUUAUUUAUGUAGCAAAUUGUAGACAAAACUGGGUCAAAAUAUCUAUCUGACUGCUCUUGCAAGGUUAUGUUCAAAUGGGAUGUCCAAAGGGACAAGUGGUUGAUCAAAUCCAUUUGUCCUGUCUGUUAUAUGUUUAAUAGACUUACAACUGUUUUAAGAAAAAAAUUGUGAAGUGUUUCUGCAGUAUUAUACACAUCUUUCUUAUUUACUUCAGCUGAUAACUAUUUUGUAGAAGUAGCGCCAAAAGGCUGAUUUUAAUGUUUACAUAUUUAGUGUAGAGGAGGCUUUGAAAGGUCUGUUUACCUUAAUGAACAAUGCAAGAUUUGGUCAAAUAACGAUAUUCAACUAGAUUUAAUGUAAUGUGAAUUAUACGCAAGGAUAUUGAAAACAUAAGUAUUCAGCUUAUGCAUCAUCUAAUAGUGGAACAAAUUAAGUGAAUCGUUCUCAAUAUAGAAGCUAUAGUAACUAUGCCAACAAAAACCUACAACAUUUCACCUUUUUAUUGGUUUUCAUUGUCUUUUGUGAGGUAUUGCAAUUAACACCUUCAGUGCUAAAGGAGUAAAUGCAAAAUUGUAUGAUAGUGGUACUAAAAUGGUGGAUAUUGUUACUAAAACCAAUGACCAAAAGACAUAUUUUGAAAGCUGAGGAAGAAACCAUUUG